AACGAGAAAGAGAGAGGUACAAAUAGGAGACGAAGUGGGAUUUCACGGAGUUAGGAUGUGGAGGAUUUGUGAGUGUAUUUACUUAUUUGAGUAGGACUGUCAAUUCUGUUGGGUCCUAAAGAAAGAAGAAAAGAUUGUGAUGUUCAAAGAGUGUUCUUUGUUUGAUUCAAGGAAUUUAUAAGCAUGCACAUGGAACUUUUCCUUGUCCCUCCUUUCUAUGUAUUAUUUGCUAAAAGUACUAUGACUUACAGCUGCUGAAGCAAUGGCAGAUGUAGAGGAAACUCUGAAGCGAAUUCAGAGCCAGAAAAACGUUGUUGGAGUUAUCGUUAUGGAUUCAUCCGGUCGAGCAAUCCGGUCAACAUUGGAUGAUGAAGCUACACAACAGCAUUGCGUACUGCUGCAUCAGCUGUGCGACAAAUCAAGAAGUGUUAUUCGGGAAUUGGAUGGCUCAAACGACCUCACAUUUCUUAGGCUGCGGACAAGAAAACAUGAAAUAAUGAUCGCACCUGACAAAGAUUUCCUGUUAGCUGUAAUACAGAACAUUACUACACAGUUUUAAUGUUUCUGCAGUUUCUAAUUCUGUGCUUAUAUGUGGUAAUAAGUCUAAUGUUUUUAUUAUUUGGCAAAGUUAAGAUCCCUAUAUUAAUGUUCAUUUCUGUAAAUAGACUGAUACGUCGGGAGGAAAUGUAACCUGAGAAGAGAAUAUGAAGAAAUAAAAUGAACCGUUUAGAAAUUGAGGAAUGAAUGCAGCGUGUUGUUUGUUGCUUUGAAUGUAUUUUAAAAAAUAAAUCAAACUUGAUUGUCUUCAUUGUGUUAUUACAUUUUUUUAUUAAAUCAUGAUAAAAUUAAUAUUUUCUUUACUUUGACCUUUUGUCUAAAGGACAUCUUGCGGAAGCUUCACCCGAUUUCGUCACUGUUUUCUCAGCAUGCUUUUUCGUUGUGCCUUGUUAUUUGGCAUUGUUUGUUAAUGUAAAUAGUCAUAAAAUUGUUUGCCACAUUACCGA